AAUGUAUGGGUUAACAGUUUGUAAUCAGCAAUUGAUUAAGUUAAUCAUAGAUUUGAUAAUAAAAUGCGCAAAUUACUCAAAAAGUGGAUUCAACUUUCGAUUCAUGGCUGUAUAUGAUCUCAAUGGUAUCCGUAAAUUUAGGUGAAGCAUUAGAGCAUUUUUAAUUAUUUCUGAUACUUUACAGUUAUUAACAUUUCUCUUCCCAGUUUUGUUGAAGACAUAUUUUUUUGUCAAACAAAGCAAAGUGAAAACACCAUUUUUUUAUUCCAUUGUAAAUUCAGUUUUCAGCAAAGAGUAAUACUCUUUGGUAUUCAGUAUUCGAGAUAUGAUUGUUUGAUUGACAAUCUUAGAUGACAAUAUUACCCCUCAUUCGAACGCCACAUGAUAAAAAUGAUAAACAAUCUUAUUUAAAGUUAUUUUAAAAGUUAAAGACUCAUUCUGGUUCCAUUUUUCCAGUCCUAAAGCCAUGGAAUCAAAGAAAGAAAUUCAUCAGAUUCGAGAAGCUGUUAAAGAGGAUUGUCAACAGAUUAUAAAAUUAAUCAAAAUGUUAGCUCGCUAUGAAAACAUGGAGAAUGCAGUGAAAAUUGAUUCUACAACUUUAAUUGAUGAUGGAUUUACGGAAAACAAACCUCCAAGUUUCAAAUGCUUAGUAUCUCAUGGUGAAAAUCAACAGUUAUCUGGUUAUUUAAUCUACUAUUACACUUAUCCAUGGGAAGGUCGAUCUAUUUUCAUUCUUAAUAUCUUUGUAGAUCCUCAAUUCAGAAAAAUGGGAAUUGGGAAAAAGUUCAUAACCAAAUUAGCCCAGAUUGCUUAUGCUGAAGAUAUGGCGCGUAUCGAUUUAUCUAUUUUGGAUUGGAAUCAGUUAUCCAUCGAUUUUCACCAGUCACUUGGAGCUGUUAACUUGUCAAAUAAAGAGGGUUGGAAUUAUUUUCGAUUCAAUAAGAACAGUAUUCAACAAUUAGCUAAUAAAACCAAGGAAUCAAAACAUAAAACUCAUCAGAUCCGAGAAGCUGUUAAAGAUGAUUGUCAUCAAAUUAUUGAAUUAAUCAAAAUGUUUGCUCGUUAUUUAAGCAUGGAGGAUGCGGUGAAAAUUGAUACUGAGACUUUUAUUCGGGAUGGUUUUACUGAAAACAAACCUCCAAGUUUUAAAUGCUUAGUAUCUCAUGAUGCCAAUAACAAAUUAUCUGGUUAUUUAAUCUACUAUUACACUUACUCAACAUACGAAGGCCGAUGUAUUCACAUGGAAGACAUCUUUGUUGAUCCGCAAUUCAGAAAAAUGGGAAUUGGGACAAAGUUGAUAACAAAAUUAGCUCAGAUUGCUUAUGCUGAAAAUACAUGUAUUGCCCGUAUUGAUUUUCUUAUUCUGGAUUGGAAUCAAUUAUCCAUGGAUUUUCAUCAGUCACUUGGAGCUUUUAACUUGUCAGAGAAACAAAAACGGACAGCUUUCCGAUUCGAUAAAAACAGUAUUCAACAAUUAGCAACGAAUUGCCAAAACAUUUUGAAAGAUUAGCUGCACCUAGAAAUGCUACAACCUGUUGAAUCAGAUUGAAUUGGAUGCAGCCAUGAGGAAUUUAAUACAGAAUUUGAUACUCGGUUGUUUGCCAAAGGUAUAUUUUGGAGGGAAAUAAGAUUGUCUCGAAGAACAAUCAGCUGAAUUUGUUGAGCUUAAAAGUGGUAAGAGUAACAAAUCCCCAAAAAGUGCAAUUGUCAGCUUACAUAAACUUUAGAGAUGGCAACAGAACGAAAUUCAUUCAUCCAUUCAUUCAUCAUUAUAUUAGAUGAAUCGUGCAUACAAACUAGCUAAACGAGUCUAUGAUAAUUGAAAACCGUUUCCACAAACCUGUUGUAAUCCAAGAUAGUAACAAUUUAUCCUUUCUAAUUAUUCCAGAAUUGCAUUACUUAUUUCCACUAAAUUAACCUUACAGAUGAAUUUAAUAUUAGGAAUAUCCACAUUGCUCUAAACAGUGAAAGCGACAUCAUUUUGUGCUUGUGCACCAUUUUACCCCAUUGUACAGGGGAUUUUUAUCUAUUGCGUUUGUACGCAGUCAUAACUUACGGCACUGAAGAUUCCGAAUUUUAACCAUGUGCUUCCUCAAAUUGAGGAACCAUAUAUUGAAACUUUUAGAUCACUCAGUUAUAUGAACUUCAAGUGACAAGGCAACGUUAGAAAGGCGCUAUCUUUUUUGAACUGACAUAUGUUGAUAACAAAUCAAUAAUCAUGCUGUUUUCAUGCAUGUAGUGAUGGGGUGCAUUUAGAUGCAUGUGUAGAUACACUUUUAUGAGCAUUCAAGUUUCCUUGAGCUUGGUAAUUCUGGUUUUGAAAAACUCGUGCAUCUCUUUAAUGAUAAAAAUUAUUGACUCACAACUAACACCGAACUGUGUUAGAGUGUUAGAAGAUAGCAGUUUAUGACCUUUAAUGUCAUUAGCAGUCAAAUAGUAGAGCGACCUUGAAUGAUUUUGAAAGCUUUAAUUGUUGAUAAUCACAAGAACUGAAGAUAUGAUUCAAUUCGCUCGUGAUUCAAAUCUGGGAUCAACCGUUCAAUCAAAAAGAGGGGAAAUAAAUUCAGUUGCUGCUGGUAUUUCAAUCAAUUUAGAGUUUUAUGAAGCUCAGAAUCAACUUUACAAUGCUGAUGAUUUCAUUGAUUACCUCAAAAAUUAUUAGAUUUUAUUUCCACUUGAAAUUGACCUUAAAUAUGGAUAACUUUCAUUUCCAUAAUUCCAUGGUAAACACUUGAAGCUACAAUCAAAUUUUAUUACUUCUUUAUCCCUAAUCACCCUUUUGAACCAAAUGGAGAACAUGUUUAAUCAGUUGAAGUAUUAAAUGAAAAGCUUGUCCAUGCUUUAGAUUUGACGAA